AUGGUUGUGGAUACGAUUAAGUCCUUUUCCAAUAAUGUGGGGACGCACAUCAAAGACGCUUAUAAAACAACGGGAACAGAGCUUCACCAUUUCUCUCGCACUGUAAAGGAUACUAUCACAUUCCACCAUCGAGACUAUGACAAGGACGAUGAAUUGAUUUCUGAUUAUAAACAUGAUUUAAAGCAAGCGAGAAAAGGAUUGAAGCAUUUGAUAUCACAAAACAACCAACUUUACAAGAGGUUACUCCCCGGGGUGCUUGCAAUGAAUCUAAAGGUUGCCAAGGACUUUAUCAAUUUGAUUGGUCCCAACUCUUUACAUUUCAAAAACAUUGAGCGAUAUUAUCAUGACUUUGACGUUUACCAGGCUACACAAAUUAUUCCCCAUGUUCAUCCAAAAGAGAGAGAGUUUUUAAUUGAGAGUGUAAAUGAAGAGUUGUAUCAAUACACGAGGUCAAUAGAAGGGUUGAAAGUACACUUGGAUGAAGAAAACGAAUACUUUGCCCAUUCAUUAAACCCGAAGAUCAAGAAUAUGCGGAAAAGAUUAAAUGAAACUUUGAAAUUGAUCAAGCACAGAGAUAGAGCAAGACAAGACCAAGAUAUCUUGAAUAGGAAAAUUGCCAAAAUGAACCAAAAACAACCACCAUUGAGUGAAAAGGACCAGAAGCAUAUCGAAGAAUACUUGAAAGAAUUUGAAGUAAUCGAUACCAAAUAUAAUGCACUAAACGACAAAGCGGUUGCAAUUUUGCCACAUAUAAUGUCUUUUUUGCAAGAGUUUCUUGAAAAUAUCAUCAAGUUGCUCAUUUGCCACCAAACAACCGUUUACGAAAAGACAAUGGAGACCUUGAAGUACUUCAACAUAUUUUACGGUUACAUGAACGAAGAAACAAUUCCUGAUUAUGAAACUAUAACUACACAAUGGGAGCAAGAUAUAACACGGACGAGACUCCAACUCGAGUCCUUUCUACAAGUUGUUCAGGGCAAACAUACAGAUAUAAAUGAGGAUAUCGAUGACAAGGAUAAGGCACUGAAGACACACAAGUUUUGGGUUAGUAUGACUAAUCGACUACAGGAAAAGAAACAUGUAGUAAAGCCAAAGAAUCAAACACUGGGAAUGUUCAACGACACUGUAGCGAUUGACCCAUUGGACGCCUUUGUCAAGUAUGAGAAUCCUCAAGCAAACCAAACUGAAACAUACCAUCCACGCAAGGUGAUUGCUAUUGAAGAUGUUGUUGUUUUGAAGAAAGAAGUUACACCGCCUCCACCAUUACCACCAAGACGAAUGUCUGCGCUUCCCAUCUUGAUACAAACACAAACACACUAUCAAAGUCAAAGUCAAAGUCAAAACCAAAAUCAAGAUCAGGCGUAUAACCAGCUGUCAUUGCCAGUAUAUCCUUCAGCACUCAACGAAUCGAUGGAGUCAUUGAAUCUAGAUGAUGAUUACGAUGAUGAUGGUGCAUCUUCCAUCAUUUCAGACUCCUCGGAUGUUAGUUCUAUUUCAAGUGCUUCUUUUAGUCGAGUAACAACAAGAACAUCAAGUGACAAGCAAUCUUCUACAGAGAGACACUUGAGCAAAAUCUAUAAUACCGCAAAGAAUGAGAUCAAAGUAGCUCCAUUGGCUUUAUCGCCAUCACUUUCAGCAGAAAAAAAUGUAUUAUCAUGGGAUUUCCCUGUGACUGUGCAAAAUUCAUCUGAAAGACCACCAAUGACACGUGCUUAUGAAUUGUCCUUGUGGCAAAAAUUUUUUGACAAGCUCGAUAAGUCAGCAUCAACAGAACGAGUGGCCAAAUACGACUUUGAUGGGCGUCACGUUGGUGAUUUAUCAUUUAAACAAGGUGACACCAUCGAAAUCAUUUUCGAUUUCCAACGGGUAGAUAGUUUAUACCUGCAAGAUAACCACAACUGGUUAAUCGGAAUUAUAAGAGGGGACGAUAGCGCAAACACCUUGUCUUGUAGAAUUGGACUAGUUCCCAGCAAUUACCUAGUGUAG